CUUCAAAUACAUUCAACUGUCGUAUUUUUUUUUACAAAUACCAGUUGCAAGAGACUUACUUAUAUAUCGCGAAUACCCGAGACUACAUUUGAGCUUUUACCUUCGAAUAAAAAUCACUAAAAGCGUCUUUCUUCCAUUAAAGAAUAUAGAAAAAUGUCCCAAAAAGUUGACUGGGCAAAUUAUGUAGCCCAUACAGAAACAAAGCUAUCUAAAGUAUCUGUGAGUGACACAAACCUUGGAGAAACAGAUGAAGAAGCUCCUGAAAAAUACAGUCCUGCCGAAGCCAGCCUUUUGGCCAAAAUUAUCCGAAAAGGUUUAGUAGAAAGCAAAAAUGAUAUUGAGGUUCAGAGAAAAGACCCAAAGUCACCAUUGUAUUCUGUGAAAACUUUUGAGGCUUUAAAUUUAAAACCAAACCUUCUAAAGGGAGUGUAUGAAAUGGGAUUUAAUGCACCUUCUAAAAUUCAGGAGACAGCUUUACCAACUCUAUUGGCUGAUCCAUGUCAAAAUCUUAUAGCACAAAGCCAGUCUGGAACUGGAAAAACUGCUGCAUUUGUACUAGCUAUGCUGAGUAGGGUUGAUCCUGACAAGCAUUAUCCGCAGGUAUUAUGUCUAUCACCCACCUAUGAACUAGCCAUACAGACUGGUGAGGCUGCAGCACAUAUGGCCAAAUUUUGUCCUGAAAUUGAAAUGAGAUUUGCAGUUAGAGGAGAGGAAGUUCCCAGGAACACAAAACUCACAGAACACAUUAUAAUUGGCACGCCAGGCAAAGUUAUGGACUGGGCACUCAAAUUAAAAUUUUUUGAUCUUAAGAAAAUUAGCGUAUUUGUACUGGAUGAAGCCGAUGUCAUGAUAGCACAACAAGGGCAUCAGGACCAAUGCAUCCGAAUACACAAGGAACUGAGCCCCAAAUGUCAGAUGAUGUUUUUCUCGGCGACUUAUACCUCAGAAGUUAUGGAUUUUGCGGAACAUAUCGUGAAAAAUCCAAUAGUAAUCAGGCUGAAACGGGAAGAGGAAAGCUUGGAUAAUAUAGCACAGUAUUAUGUUAGGUGUGCUAAUCCUGAACAAAAAUACACUGCAGUUACUAAUAUAUAUGGUAUGCUGGGUCUUGGACAAGCCAUCAUUUUUUGUCACACCAGGAAAACAGCUUCAUGGUUAUCAGAAAAGAUGUCAUCAGAUGGCCAUGCAGUGGCCGUUCUUAGCGGGGAUUUAACGGUGGAACAGAGAAUAAAUGUACUCGAUAGAUUUAGGGAAGGGAAAGAGAAAGUACUUAUUACGACAAAUGUCUUAUCCAGAGGUAUCGACGUAGAACAAGUUACCAUAGUUGUUAACUUUGACUUACCAGUUGAUCUUCAGGGAGAGGCAGAUUGUGAGACGUACCUACAUAGGAUCGGUCGUACCGGCAGGUUUGGUAAGAAGGGAAUCGCCAUUAAUCUGGUGGAUUCGGAAAAUUCGAUGAGGAUUUGCAAGGAUAUCGAAAAACACUUUGGCAAAAAGAUACAAUAUCUCAACGCUGAUGACUGCGAUGAAAUCGAGAAAAUUGGACAGUGACCGUUUAAUUAGCCAUAGUAUGCUUGUUAUUUUUAUAUAUGGAUUUAUGGUACUGCAAGGUUUAUAUAGAAAAAUCAUCAUACUUUAAGAAUAAACUAUUAAUUGGAAA